AAUUCCAACAAAAAUACAAUCAAAUUGUAAAUCAACUCUCAAAUUUAUGAAGAACCGGAAAUGAAAAUCGAAAGAAGAAUGAAAAAACAUGAACCCAGCGUCGAAACCCAACAAGGCUGGGUUUCAACGAAACCAGCAAGGCUGGGUUUCAAUGAAACCAGCAAGGCUAGGUUCGCGCUACCAGCAUGGCUGGGUUGGUCGAAACCCAGCCUUGCUAGUUUCAUCAAGCUUGGGUUGGUCGAAACCCAGCCUUGCUGGUCGCGAGAACCUAGCAGCUGGGUUUCGACGAACCCAGCAAGGCUGGGUUCAGACGACUAGCAAGGUUGGGUUCGACGGAACCUAGCAGAUUUGGGUCUCGUCGAACCCAGCUACCCAGCUCAUCGAACCCAGCCGAAGUGGGUAGGAAAGAAAGAAAGAGAAAGAAAAAAGGGGGAAAAGAGGGAUUGGGAGGUGAGGGUAAUAAUGUAAUUUUAUUUUU